AUGCCGCAUAUGCAGACCCAGGAGAAAACAAAUGAAGGGGCUGCGUACUCCACUACUCCUUUCUACCACAGAGUAGUAGACGGGUUUCUGCCCCAGGAAGUCCUCAGCUCUGUGCUGGAGAUGUACAAAGAAAGCGAGUUCUACGAGAAACACUCAGACUUGUUUCACUUCUACCAAACGAACGAAUUAAAAAACGAAAAACGGUAUCAGCCUUUUCUCAAUAUGGUAAAAAAUGAAAUGAAAAAAGACCUCCAGAACAUAAACAAGGAGGUGCACAGCCCAGAAAUGGAUUUAUUUGCCUCCUUCUAUGCCCCCGGGCACUUUCUCCUGCCCCAUGACGACUGUGUGAGCCAGCGUGUUUUGGCGUUUUCCUUUUAUCUGAACAGCACAGAGGAUGAAAAUAGCGCAGCAAACAGCAGCGCAUCUCCCUCUGAGGCUCUCCAGAGCGCAGCAGAAAACAAAGAAAAUUCUGAGACAUGCUGCAAGAAAAAUGGAAAACUUGUUCUGUAUGCACAGGACGGAAAAACAGUUGCCAAAAGAAUCGCAACAGCUGCUAACAGACUCGUGAUCUUUGAAGUGUCUGGAAAGUCCUACCACGAGGUAGAAAUGAUGACCGCAGGGCGCAGAUCAGCAUUUACAGGAUGGAUGCGGUCAAAAGAGCACAGACCAAAGAGCAUAGAGCUGAGCUACCACAGGAAUCGAUACUGGUUCUUCCACAUGGAGUACAUGAUAAAUGUUGACCUUAAAAAUGCUCCUGUUCUCUCUUCUAUGGACGAAUGCAACACCAGUGAGUACAUACAAAAAACAAAAGAGGUGCUAGAAGGCUUGGAGUGGAAAAGAAGGCUAAACUGCAUAUACGGCUCGAUUGACGAGCCCGAAGAAGACGAAGGAGGCCUGACUGAGAUAGCGCUAAAUGUAACAGCUGUAACAGGAAAGACAGUAGACAGCAUGGUGGGAAGGAUAAACAAGGAGAGCUAUCUUCUGCUAAAUGACCCUUUUAACACAAAAUCCGACUUUCUGGUUGUCUUGUCUCUGUACAAUGGGGAUAUAAAUAUAGUCAAUCCAGAAGGCGAUCUGGUUGGCAGCAUCAAAAAGCCUGGAUACUACAUCUGGCCUGCCCCCGGGGCUUUAUUUAUUCCUCCCAGCGAGAGCGAAGGAUACAUCGUAGCAUACCGAAUGAACGCGCUUCCAGACAGUAAGACAGUUGAAUAG